AUGUCUCAAAGCAAACCACUGGCUUAUCUGUCGGCCAAAGUAGUCCUGGAGUAUGCCAGUUUUGGGAAGAGAAAACACUUCUAUGCUAUGUGCCCAGGAAUCCGAAAAAUUGAAGAAAAUUUGCCUUAUCACCUCGAAUUAGUCAGGCUGGAUAGUAUAGAGCAAGACGAUGUCAUCAUUAGUAUUGAUUCUUAUUCAUUUUGUUUUAGAGAAAAUAUGAUGCGUAUGAUAAACCUUUCGACGUAUAAAGAUGUUGACCAGCUUACCUGUUUGGGACCCGAACAGGCAGCGGAGAAGUUUUUGUUGUAUAAUUUAAGCAGAGAGGGAACACACAUCAAGAAUGUUGAAUUGACUGCCGGACCAGAGUUCAUUUCGAAAUGCAUUCCAGUUACUAUCAAAAAUUUGAUUGUGAACAGAACCGCUGCAUGGUUCCCAACAAACAUUCCAAUUGAAAAUGUGAAAGUAGAUACUACAGUUCGAGCAGAUACUCUGAAAAUGGCAAAACACGUGACAGUGAGAAUUUAUAGCAGUAUCAACACAGAUAUACUAUCUGAAUGGAAUUGUGAGUCCAUCCGAAUUGAGUCAGGGAUGUCCAGUGAACAGGUUGCGGACUACUGUAACAAAGUAUCGAAAAGAACCGAUAGACCGAUUGGAAGUAGGUUGAUGGCAGUGCACGUUCCACCAGUGAAACACCUGAUUGAUUUUCUUCCUUCAAAAGAGUAUGCGAGAGAAACAAUGUUGAAUGACAUACAAUGUGUAACAAUUUCAAUCGACGAGUCGACAGAGUUGAACGUAUACAGUUCGAGCGUUCAGUUUUUCAUGGUGGUUGUGGAUGUAUGUGCAAGAGGGACUGCAAUCGAUCAAAAUUUUUGA